GUGCCAACCAAAACUUCCUAGCUAAUUGUAACUAUGAGUGUACAUGUCGGGCAAUCUUUAUCAUAUAUUCAUAUGUAUAAAUAUACAUCAAUUGUAGUGUGUGUACACCUAAUUUGAUAUUGAUGACAUGAUGUUAUGCAUAACCAUAUCAUUUGCUGAUUUUUUUGACUUUCAUUUCAGCACGUGUGUAUUGUUUUCUUAAUUGCCUUAUCCAAUCCUCCCAUGGACCUGGGGGAACCAAGUAACUGCCCAUGUUUUGCCGGGUUUUCUGGGGAACAUCUCCUUGUUCUGAAAGAAAUACUAUAACCUUAAUUUACUAGAACAUACAAGUAAAUCAACUGUGUGCUGUUAUUAUUUCACUAUGAAAUAGAACAUGCAUCAAAACAUGCUCAGAAGUCAGAGUGCAUACAUGAUCUGCAAAAAUAUGUCAACAUGCAUGCCAUCAAAUAGAAUAUGCAUUUCUAGUUUAGAAAAAUUAUUCCUCCUAGUCAGCAAUAUAUACUGCUCCACUGGGAUAACUAAAACCUCUAAGGCUCAGCAAGUUUAAUUUCAAAAUGCAAUUUCUCUCCUACUAUUUGCAACCAAUUCUGUCCCUAUCAAUUGAUAUGUGUUGUUCUUUGAUUUUGACUAUGUGCAAGCAUUAUCUGAAAUGGUCAAUUGAUCACAUGUCUAUAGUGAUAUCAAAACAAAGAAAUACUGCAUCCUUUUUUCUAGUUUGUUUCUUCAAGGGUCAAUCACGAAAAUGAAGUUCACUUAGGAUUGCAAAUACAAUUACUAUUGCCUCAGUAAAUUUUGUGUGGCCAGCUCUCAUUAAAAAUAGUAACAAUGACGUCGAUUAAUUCAUCCGUGUUCAGAAAGUUUAUAAGUUAACAGUAUAAUAUCUAUUAAAUCAUGUCUACGGAGCAAAAAUUUGACAGUUCAACUGAACAAAACAAAAGGCACUCUAAUACCUUUUGAAGUUUAUGUAUUGAUAUACCAUACUCCUAGUUAAAUUACUGAAAUAAUAUCGUAUUCUCUCCACUUUUACAUUAGCGUUUCGAAAGGAAAUAUAUUAUAUGUGUGCUUAUGUAUCAUAUGUUGAUUACUUGCACGAACAAGAAGCAAGUGAAUGUUAUUAUUAAUUAGCUCACUCCAUAAGAUUGUAUCUUCCAUUGAUGGCAUAUGAAACUGUAUCCAAAAGAUUGUAUCUUCCAUUAAUGGCAUAUGAAAUUGUGUCCAAAAGAUUGUAUCUUCCUUCCAUUAAUGGCAUACGAAACUGUAUCCAAGAUUUUAAUUAUAUGUAUAUAUCCAAAAGAUUUUAUCAAUAUUCAGACGAUAAAUGAGGCAUAUCUCUUAAUGAGCAUAAUCUUGUCCAAUCUGUACAUAUAUAUCCGUCCAAUCCCACCAUGAAUUGCACUAAAUGCAUUGCGAUUUAAUCUCAUACAUCACAUAUCCUUUCUCUAUAUAAACACGCACACCCUCUUCUCAUAACCAAACCAAGACCUAGCACUCCCACCAUGGCAAGUAGCAAUCUGCUUGACUGGCCAGAACCCAUUGUACCAGUGCAAACUCUUUCCAACUCUGGUAUGAGCUCCUUGCCACAACAGUACGUCAAGCCUCCAUCUGAGCGUCCUAGUGGUGUCACAAAUGACCCUAAUCUCAGUAUCCCAGUUAUCGAUCUUGCUAGCUUCUCUAAUACCCCUGAACAUCACCAAGAAAUGCUAAAAGCAAUAGCCUCUGCAUGCAAGAACUGGGGUUUCUUCCAGUUAGUGAACCAUGAUGUGGACACGGAGGCUGUGAGGAGGAUGAGAAGUGCAUGGAGGGAGUUCUUUGACCUCCCCAUGGAAGAGAAGAAGGCACAUGCCAACUUACCGGUAACAUAUGAGGGGUAUGGGAGCCGCCUUGGAGUUGAGAAAGGGGCAAUCUUAGAUUGGAGUGACUAUUACUUCCUUAAUCUCUUCCCAAGUGAUAUCAGAAACCUUGACAAGUGGCCAAAGAUUCCUACUGACCUGAGGGAAGCCACUGAGAAGUAUGCAUGCCAACUAAUAAGUCUCUGUCAAGUCUUGCUCAAGGCUAUGUCCAGUAGCUUAGGGCUGGAGGAGGACUACCUCCAUAAUGCUUUUGGUGGCAGUGAUGGCAUCUCGGCUACCAUGCGUGUGAACUACUAUCCAAGAUGCCCACAGCCUGAGCUCACCCUUGGUCUCUCAUCUCACUCUGACCCUGGUGGUAUCACUUUGCUCCUCACUGAUGAUAACGUCGAGGGGACACAGGUACGCAAGGGAGAUGCAUGGGUCACCGUGCAACCAGUCCCAGGUUCCUUCCUUGUAAACGUUGGUGAUCAGAUUCAGAUCCUGAGCAACGGGCGUUACAGGAGCGUGGAGCACCGUGCGCUGGUCAACUCGGACAAGGAGCGCUUCACCAUCGCCUUCUUCUGCAACCCUCGAGGCAACCUCCCCGUUGCGCCGGCGAGCGAGCUCGUCGGCCCGGGGUCGCCGGCGCUGUACCAGGAGGCCGUCACCUUCAGCGACUACCGCAAGUACAUACGCACCAAGGGCCCCAGCGGCAAGACGCAGGUGCAGUCCAUCAGCAGCGCCAUGCAGCCAGGGCCUGCAGCUUGAUCCACCAUACCAUCCCUUCUCAGUCAGCAUGGAUAAAUGUAUCAGCAUGGACAGCAUUUGAAUCUGUUAUAGGUUGCCAGUGGUUGAGAGAUACAGUAUGGGCAUCAUGCAUGUAAUUUGUUUGUACAAUUUGAAUCCUUGCUAUUGUAUCUUAAUCAGUGUGCCUUCCAUUUUAUACAAAUGCUCAGUCAUGUGUGUGCAA